AUGGUGAUCUCCAGGGAGGAGGUGCACCUCGAGCUGGAUUUGGAGAACGGCCAGCAUAUGGAGCUUACCUGCCCGACUAUCACAGCAAUUGGGGAGCUGUUGCGCUUCCUGGUUUUGGUCCACCAUAUGCCGAGAAUAAUGCUCCUCAAGCUGAAGUGGGCAGCAGCUCAGGGAUGUCGGCAGACACAGUUGAGCAAAUGGUAA